AUGGUGAAAUACGCAAGCAAACUGGUACUAGCUCCCAUGGUAAGAGCCGGUGAACUCCCUAGCCGUCUCCUCGCUCUCCGUCAUGGUUGUGAUUUAGUCUGGUCUCCAGAAAUAAUCGACAAAAAACUUCUUCAAUGUCGUCGACUCAUAAAUACAAAAUUAAACACAAUCGAUUACGUAACCGGUUCAAAGGAUACUUUGGUGUUUAGAUCAUUCCCAAGGGAUGAAGCUGGGAAACUUAUCUUUCAAAUGGGGACUGCCUCUCCGGAAUUGGCUAGAGAUGCCGCUUUGAAGAUUAUUCAAGAUGUAGAUGGUAUCGAUGUCAAUGCUGGGUGUCCUAAGCAUUUCUCUAUUCAUGCUGGGAUGGGGGCUGCUUUAUUACAAUCUCCUGAGAAGUUAUGUGAUAUUUUGAAAGCGUUAGUGGAAAAUGUGGGGAAACCUAAUGGGAAACCAAUUAGUGUUAAGAUUAGAUUAUUGGAUGAUCAAGAGAAUACUUUUAAACUGGUUGAGGAUUUAUGUCAAACGGGGAUUCAAAAUUUGACUGUUCAUUGUAGAACUACUCCGAUGAGGAAUAGGGAAAAACCAAUUAGAGAUUAUUUAAAGGGGAUUUUCGAAAUUUGCCAAAAAUAUGACGUUUCUUUGAUUAUGAAUGGUGCCAUUAAUGAUAGAAAUGAUUUUAUUAAAAUACGAGACGAAUUGAAUUUGUCUAAAGAAGUUGGAGGAAUGAUAGCAGAAGCUGCAGAAAGGAAUUUGUCUGUAUUUAAUCCAAAUCCAUUAACAUGGUUUGAAGUUUGUAAAGAAUAUAUUCAAAUUGCUAAAGAAUUUGAUAAUCAUAUAGGGAACACAAAAUACAUGCUAACAAGAAUUGUUCCUGGUAAAUCGAAAUUUUUCCAAUUAUUUGCCAAAUGUAAAUAUGUAGAUGAAAUAUCAUACGUUGCAUCUCAAAUCGGCCCCGAUGGAGAAUUGUUGGAAGAUCCCACUCCUUUUUUAGAAGAACGUAGAGAAAGGGAAAAACUUGAAAAGAAAAAGCUAAACGAUUCCAAAUCCCAAGAAAAACAAAGAAACAACAAGAGAAGCAUGGAAACAAACUCUACAAAUGAAAUAGAUACCAAGAAGAUAAAAGCUUAA